GAGGCCUCAAACCUCGCGAGAGUCUGCACGAGACGAGCCGGGGAGGAGCUUGCAUGGGGGCCUGAGGAAAGCGAGUGGAUCCACCGAAGGUUGCGCCAGACUGUGACGGAUAUUGGGAGGUCAAGUGUUUCCUUUUGGCUCCUCCCUUUGGACCUCCCCACCCACGUAGGAUACUGUAAGGCCCAGAUCAAAAGGGUGAAACGCAAAUUUAGGACUCUGGAUUCUUUAACCCGCCUCCUGUCACUUGUUCAGGCGCGCCGCGGGCAGUCCGCCUGGGGUCCUCGUGGCCUGCCCAGAUGGCUGCCUCCGCAGUGAGCUUUGUGCGAGGAUGGUCGUGCCUGGCGCUGGGCUUACAGCGUGUUGUCUUACGGCUUCCGAGCGUAACCCAGGUGCGGUGGAGUCGCUAUGGUCCGCAGUAUAGGGAUCCCAAGAUUGACAAGGAACAUUUCCACAAGCCUGUGGCCGAGCUAACUGAAGAGGAGAAGUAUGAUCGGGAGCUCAAGAAGACUCAACUUAUCAAAGCUGCUCCAGCCACGAAAACAAGCUCUGUUUUUGAAGACCCAGUGAUCAGUAAAUUCACCAACAUGAUGAUGAAAGGAGGAAAAAAAAUGAUGGCAAGAUCCCUCAUGACAAAGACCCUGGAAGCUGUGAAAAGGAAGCAAUUUGAGAAGUACCAUGCUGCUUCUGCAGAGGAACAGGCAGCCAUUGAACGCAACCCCUACACCAUCUUUCACCAAGCACUAAAAAAUUGUGAGCCUGUGAUUGGGCUGGUACCCAUUCUCAAGGGUGGCCACUUCUACCAGGUCCCUGUGCCCCUACCUGACCGACGUCGCCGCUUCUUGGCCAUGAAAUGGAUGAUCACUGAAUGCCGGGAAAAGAAGCACCGGCGAACACUGAUGCCUGAGAAGCUGUCACAUGAGCUGCUGGAGGCUUUUCACAAUAAGGGCCCUGUGGUCAAGAGGAAGCACGAUAUGCACAAGAUGGCAGAGGCCAACCGUGCCCUGGCCCACUACCGCUGGUGGUAGAGGUUCUAGAGAGCCCAGGGCCCUCUGCUGCAAAGAAGUGUGAGCCACUGCCACGUUGAGAGAUACCUGUGGUCUAAGGAUGUAUAGUUCCUUUUUUAAAGGUGGGCAGCCCUCACAGGAGGGAUGGAACAGCAUGUGAAUUGUCUGAUAAUCCUUUCUUUAGGUUUAGAACUUGUUCUACCUGCUCCAUACCUUGUUAAGAGAGAAUGUAUCAACUUGAGGAUUUCCUCUGAGAAAGUCAAGGCCCAAUCUUUUCCUUCAGCUUAAAGUGGGCCUUUAAAGGAAGCAGUUUUAGUACCAGAAAAGAUUUAUUAGAAAGUUCACUGACCUGGUAUAGUAUGUGAUACAAUACUUUUGUUCAUUAAAACUGACUGGAGGAAA